AUGGCCCUCGAGGCCCCUUUGAGGUCAUCGACUGGAAGCUUGCAAUUUCCCUUUGCCUACUACCAGAAAGAGAUGUCGACGUCUACAGACACCGAGAGCCUGCGUGCUCCCUUCAGGCCAGUCUCCUCUCCUCCGAGCACCGAUUCAUCUUCCCUCCGGCCUGGCUCUAUCCAUCGCAUGACAAGCUCAUCCUUCAAUGUCAUGAGCCCAAGCGAUAUUGUAGGCCCAUCACCAGUUACAUCCAAUGGCACCGAGACGACCGAAAUAGAAGAUGACGUUGCAGAGGAUAUCCAUCGAGAUACCUCUGACCCAAGGCCUUCACGCCGCUCCGAGCUUUUGAUGCUCACUACCAAUCUCUCUGAAAACGUGCAUCAGACCAGCAACGAUGAGGCAGUGUCUGUUAUUCAUGCACCUGAAAGCUUUGCCAGCUGGGUCGCUCCAGCAUCAGCGCCAGAGGGGUCGAGUGAAGGGACACCUCUCAAAUCCGAUGUCGAGAGUUUACCUGCUGCCAAUGGCUCCCCCAAGAACUUUUCGCAUAGCUCUCCCGAUAGCUCUCCCGAGAAGAUAUCGACGCAUCCAGCUCGUCCUCCGAUUUCAACCGAUGUCAACCCUGUACAGUACAACAUAGAUAGCGCCACACCGCGCGCUCAAGAUUUACAGUCCAUGUUAGAUGAGGGUACGCGGUUACGCUCGAGUAGUACGAGCAGCCUUGAGAAAAUCGACGAGCAAACUGAAGCCGAGGGCGACGACGAAGAGUACGAGUCAGACGGUAUACUGAUGUCUCAUCACCAAGAUGAGAUCGAGACUUUACGAGCUACUCUUGCGGAAUGUUGGACUCUAUGCAAUAGCCUUUCCAAACUGAGCUCGAUUCACCGCACCCGUGCCUUCAACAAAUCCAGCGCCCCCGACGCACAUGAGAAGGCAUGGCGAACCUGCUGGAAACUCUGUCAACGACUUUACGAGAAUCGAGACGCAGAUGCGGGCUCAUUCAGUAUUAAAAUGAACCUCGAUCUCCUCCGUGACUUCUGCCAAGCGCUUUUUGAUGUGCGGCAACGCGACGACGAGACGGCAGACUCGGUCCUUCGUGUCAGCUUUGAGCUUAACAACCACCUGUACAGUGCUCAAGAUGGCACCUUGCCAGAGGAGUUUAGGGAGCGAACGUUGGACUUUUACAUCGCCUUGUGCCACCGACUCAUGAAGCAACGCAGCGAAUUGUCUGAGGAGACCGACCACUUGCUCGGCGCAAGCUGGUCUCUGGCAGAGAUGCUCUUUAACCUUCGGCAGAACAGGCGCGAUGGCAGGCCUCCAGAUGAAGAGCUGCUGAGCUCUACUGUUCAGGCUUGUUGGGAGCUGUGCGACGUAUUCCGUGAUAGCUGGGCGCAGAUUCGGCCAGACAGAUCCGUUUCUCGAUCUAGCCAGACCUUCAGUCACCACGCCCCUGAACAGAGCGGUCGGCAAAGCCGUGCGUCGAACCCAUCCUCGGUUCCGUCGAAACAUGAGAGCGUCAAGAGUGCUCGCCCAGAAGAGAAACCCAGGAAACCACCGGUCGUGCCCGAAACUCCUGUGACCGAGUUUGAGGAUACGCCCAUCUCCCCUCAGAGCCGUUCACCUACGAUGCCCAACAUUCUGGUCCUCGGAACCCCCAGCGACAACAGUCGAGGUCGAUGGUCCAGCAGCGCUUCCAACCUCUCGAGCUACUCCAAGAGCAGUGUUAGGACUUCGAGCACAGCAACGACAACAGCAACGUCCGAGGACGCCAAUGUGACACGCGCAAAGAUACUCGUUCUCCGAGCGGCUAUGAAUCUGGGCUUUAACCGCGAUGCCAUCACCGAUCCAAAGGCUGCCGCCACUGCCUUGCAAAAGUUUGUGCAGGAUCUUCCUGCCGGAUCCUUUGGGUCUCUUCUCUCCCAUUCGGCCUUGCUAGCACAGUAUAAGAAUUCGGUUCUAAUGGACUCGAUUAUCCCCCGACACCACAUGUUGCCAUCCCGAGGCAAGCGAGUCACGGCGCAGGAAAUGGCCAAAAGUAUUCAGAUGAUGAUGAAGAGUUCUCAACGAUACGCAUACCUGCGCGACCUCUUCCGAAUCGUAUUCCAUUUCCCCAUCGAGGAGGUCAAUAUCCAGCGAAAUGUCACCAUCAGCGUUUGA